AUGGAUAAGUUUAAAAAAUGCAAAAGGAAAAAUUUGGGGAGUUUGAAGAAGACGAAGAGUUUUAUUAAAAAAAAAAAAGACCGUUCGCACGUGAGUAGUAAGGGGAACAGCGCCACGAAGGACUUAAUCACAAACGUAAUUAUAAAAUAUGUGAACCAGAGGAAAUAUGAAAAGCAAAAAAAUGGAGAAAACUUGGAAAAUGAACACUAUAGGGAAUUGUUUGCAGACGAAAAUGCAAGCGAAAUAUUGAAGGAACGAUUAUUUGGGAAAAAAGAAAUUGGAGAGAUAGAUAUCCUUAAAAAUUGCCUCCUCUUUAAUGAAAAAAAUGAACUUCUCCAAAAAAUAAGUUACACAAUUCUAUAUGAUGUUAUAAAAAAAUGUAUAGACCACGAGCAUGUUUUGAUGAAGGUGGAAGAAUUAGGAUUCACAGCUGAAAAUAUAAGAGACAAAAAUGACGAACAUGUGAACAUAAGCGCCAAGUACAAAGCUGAAGUUUUUUUUCUGUACAUAUAUAAGAAUUUAAAAGCUAUAAAAAUUACAAAAAAUUUUCAACUGCUCUGUAAAUUUAUGAGUGUGAUGAAAUUUGUGACGAAUAUAAUGCCCUAUAUGUACAAGGUAAAAUUUUUAUUUUCACUUUGCUCUAUUUUUAAUAUAUACCAGAAGGAGUGUGAGAACAAUAAGGUGCAGCCAACGGUGUUGGGCAUCAACAAAAGGGGGGGUCACAAACAGGGCGAUAAUGGAGCCACACAGAAUGACACCCUUUUUGUCAAUUCGGAUGAGGAAGACGAAUUUUUCCAUCUCUUUUUUGAGCUCCUGAAUGAGUUAAUAAAUCUGAAUGAGAAUUAUAACACAUAUGAUGAUUACUACCAGAUGUUUAAUUUCUUCAUCUUGAGGUGGAUAUUAGUCUAUUUCCAAAAUAAGCACCCUUUUUUUGCCAAGGGGAAGAUGGUGCAUUCUUUGUCCAAGGUGAAGUACGUCAUGCUUUUAUUCACGCUGUUGAAGAAGCUACACGAAAGUGCAAACGAUAUGGCGGAUCGGGAGAGGAAGCUCAGAGAAGGAGGUGGAAAUGCUCUAAGUGGGGCCCAUAUGGGGAUGAAUAAUCAAGGUGCAGAGGUAGAGUAUAUUACUUACAACCAAAUGGAAGAAGAAAAUACAAAUGCGCUUCUUUUUCCGAAUGACCAGCCGACCUUCUUUAAACACGGAGCGUCCCACCCAAGUGAAGCAACCCUUUUAGACAUGUUGCACCAGAAUGAAAAUUUAAAAAAUGAAAAAAUAAAAAAUAAAAAAGACGAAAUAAAAACCAUGUUGGAGAGCUUUUAUGAUAAGGUGGAUUUGCGCAUGGAAAGGGGGUUCAAAGAAGUGAAGGAUACCAUGAAUACUCUAACGCAGAGUGUAUUUAUGACGGCAUACAGCUUAAUCUGCAGCAUGCAUAUCGUGCAUAGACACAUCGCAUUGCUGCAUUUUUCUUUUAAUUUUUUAAAAAUGAAAGUUUUUGAGUAUUCCUACUUUAUAAUUUUUAAUGCAUUCCAAUUGCUUAACAAAUUAUUAACAGUCCAGAAUUUUGCCAUUCAUCCGAUGAUCUUUUUGGCCACCCAAGAAGUUUUCACCUUUUACGAAAACGUUGUCAUUAAUUUGUAUAAGGGAAAAAGUGACUCUCAGGAGGAGUUUUAUCAAUUUUGCGAAAAGUUCAAUUCCAAGCACAGUGGAGUCUAUUCAGCCAUUUUGAAAAGAAUUUGGAGCUUGUACAUGCUCAUAAUUUCGGAUGAAUAUGUUACAAAGGAGAAAGGAGGAGGAACCCCCAGUGAGGAGAACACUCAUUUUAUCCUUAACAAGAUAGAAGAACAAUCUUACACACCACAAGAUAGCAAUAAAUUAACAACUGUGUUAAGGAUCACCGAUUUAGACUUCCCACCAGAGUACAAAAUUAUCAUCCUCAAAUCUGCAGAUGAGACAUACAAAAAUUGCCUGACGAAUUGUCUAUCUAAGAUAUUCCGCAUACUAAGCUUCAGCACCUUUUUCGAAGAAUAUUUUUUUUUCUCCAGCAGAGAGUUGCUAUCUAAGGAUGUCUUUAUACUAAACAGAGUUUUAAAAGAUACUAACAAAACGUAUUAUGGAGGAAAUUUCAAAUUCCUGAUAAAUUUUUUCUACCCUUUACUUAUGCAUUUCAUCGAUUUGUAUGAAAAGGAAGAAGAGUACAGCAUUAAGAAGAAGUGCUUUUUAAGUUAUAUAAAAAAUAUAUUGGUCCAUUUUUCGCGGGCAUUAAAUGACUGUAUCAAUUUGUACUACUUCCUAUCUACCAACCUGGAAGACUUAUACAUAUUAGUAACCAAGUUCACCAAUUGUAACGACUUCUACUUGUUACCAUUGUUUGUUAACUUUUUCGAAAAUUUUUAUUUGUCCACUCUAAAGGCGAAUGGUCAAGGAGCGCAGUGGUCCCCCCAAAGUGCAGAUAAUGACAAAGAGAGGAAAGAUAUUAAAUGCAAAUAUAGCCUCUUAAAUUUAGAGAAAAAUAAUUUCUUCUUAAAUAACAUAUCCGACAAUUUGCUGAAGAUAUUUUUGCCAAGAUUUAUAUCCAUAGUGACGUCUCAUUAUGAGCAGAAGUUUGCCAACGUUGGUUUGCAGUCGAGUGAUAAUAGGGCCAGUGUAUCCAUGGUCAUUGAAAGCUUCUCAAAUUUGUUACACGUUUCUUUACAUUUUUCUUCCGACGCAAAUUUGAGUGAAGUUUUAAAUUUGCUGGAACAGCUUAUCCUAAGGAACGAAAUUGAGAAGGAAAUUUAUUCCCUCAUUAGCAUAAUCAUUGUGUUGAAAAUUUUGACUCCAUUUUUUACCUAUGAAGAGCUUACUCUCUGCUCUUUGUAUUAUCAGAAGUUGCUGGAUAUGGUGGGCCAACUGAUCAGUAGGAAAAUUUCCACAACGGGGGCAAUUAUCGGCUUGAAGGGAAAAAGAGCGGACGGAGGGCGCCGCCUCCAAGGGGAAAAACGUACAGGAGGAGACAAUCACCAAUUAGGAAGCGCAGAACACAGUUGUUACGUCAAUCCCAUCAAUGUAAAUACAAAUGUUCAGUUUGAACUUCCAACCCAGGUGAAUGGAGAAAUGUGCGAAAUUGGAAUGAGUAGUCAAAAUGACCUUGCGGCGCUGAGAAAUAAUGGAAACUAUGGCAACUUGAUGGAAAAUAACUGCGUUAGCGCCCCAGGUGAAGAUGCGCCUCAUGAGAAGGCUAACCAUUGUGAAGAGACAUACAUCUCUGCGUGUAACAAACCCAGACGAAAUUCCAAGAAAUCCAAGCAAAGGGGAAACAAGGACCAAAAUGGUAUUGGUAAGAAGGGAAAAAUUAAAGGCCUCAUUAAGAAGGAAAAGCGAAAAGACAAUUCAGCACAAAAGGAAAAGGCAAGAAGAACAAAAAUUACAAAAGAGUUAAAAAUGGACAUAGAAAAAUACAAAUUUGUGAGGAUCCUUAUAUAUGACAAUGUUGCGGCGCUGUUUAAAUAUUUCGGUAAUAUUUUUUCAAAAAAAAAUAUUUCCAGUGGUGGUGGGGUCAGUAAGAAUAUGGGCCACACGGCCAGUGGGACAUUCGAGACCGUGCAAAAUGGCAUGCACCCCAUGAGCAAAAACGAGAUGCUCAUUCUUAGCAACAUAUAUAUGAACGGCAAAGUGGUUCAGAACAAGCUCCCCAUUAUGAUAACAAAGGAGAACAUCCUUCCGUUUUUCGACAGCCUGGACCACUAUAAUAUAAAUAAAUAUAUUAAGAAGUUUUACGUGUAUUUAAAUGGCCUAACGUUUUAUCUAAAAGAAGGGAAACUUCUCGAUAGGGAUUACUGCCAUGAAUUAUUUUUUGAAAUUCUGCCCCUCAUAAUGAAGGCCUUAUUUUAUAUCAACAAAAAGUUUACCACCAAGUUGAGGAGAAAUAGCCUCUUCGAACAUAUAAUCCAGUUGGGAUCAUCAAAUUUGAAGACAUUAUUUCUGCACGUGACACCGGGUUUGUUGGUGGAAGAAACAAGUUGCAAGAAGAUAGCCAUCUACCUUCUCUACUUGCUUGUAAGAAGGUACAAAAUUGAGUAUGGGGACCAGGUUCAGUUAUUCAGUGUAUGCGUGGCCUUAUCGAACAAUAGUGAAAAGAGCCUAUUAAAAAUUUUCGUAAAAUUUUUGCUAACAUGUGUGCAACAUUUUAGAAAAGAGGUUGUCCUAGGGGAUAUUACAGAGCUCAUGAAUCUCCUUAAUACCAUUGCACAAAUGAAGAAGGGGGUUAACUACCUCAUUGAGAAAUUUCUAUAUUUAUUAUAUCACAUUGUAAGCGAAUCCGAACAAGGAACUGAACACAAGGAGAAACCAUACGAUGUAAUUAUGAAGUACUUGUCCAAGGCGAAUAGGAAAAUAUUCAACAAAAUGGUACAGAAGAAAGGGCUCCUCGAUAGUGGAAGUGGGAGCGAUAGAUGCAAUGAUGAUGAUGGUGUGCGUAGAAGGGGAAUGACGAACAAUCAGGGAAGAGACAAACUGAAAAGCAGAAGUGCGCACACAGCGGCGACCUCAUCAGACGAAGGGUCGUCCGUCAUGUCUUAUGCCAUGUCGGAAGAUGAUGCGUUGUCUGAAUCGAGCGGAGCAAGUACCUACAACCAUGAUGAGCGUGAGGAGGGAGCAGCUCUGCAAAACAAAGGAAGAAACAAACGCGGUAAAAAAAAUACGAACCAGACGAACAGGCGUAAUAUGAAGGGAAAAAAUCAGAACAGCAGUUUAAGCACGUUUUUUGAUAAUUUAAAAAGCAUGCGGGGACAGAAGGAGACUAACUAUAUCAAAAACGCCGUGGACAACAUACUGCAGAGUCAAAAUAAAAAAAAAAAAAAAAAAAAAAAGAGAGAGAAAGGGAAAGAGGAAGAAACCAAUUUCAAAAUGAACAGAAACGUAAGUGAUGUACUCAACAACUUGGGAACUUCCCUUUUUAAGAGCAAAGCAAAAUUUAACAUCCCCUUUUCGAAUGAAAAGGAAAUAAACGACUUAUUUGGCGAACAGUAUUUCGUUAAGCGAGGUUUGAGGAAGGAAAAGAGGAAGGCAAGUGGAGGAGGAAGUCAGCCUAUCCACCCUAACUCCGACUAUGACAAUAGCGAUGGUGAUGAAGACAAGGGAGAUGAUGCAAAUGUAGAAGUAGGUUUAGAUGGAAAGAUAAUUAUCCACACGCCAAAUGCAAAUUCGCAGAAUGCUAGAAAUAAAAAGAAAGACGAUGCAAUUAGCAAAAAGUAUAACGCGUUGAGUGAGAAGCAAAACAUGCAUGCCAAAAUGAAGUUACACAACAGAGCGAAAAAUAAAAAAAAAACGAACAACUUUGUCACAGCAGAUAAAAAGGCAUACACAUCGAAGAAAGGAAAGGGGGACAUCAUCAAAAAGGACAAACUACUUCCAUACUCGUAUGUUGAGUUGAAGCCAAUUAUGACCAAAGACAAAUUUAGGACGAAAACGAUGCACGCAUUUCGAUCAAUUAAAAAUAAUUCCAAAAGGAGGGCAAAGAAGGGGAAAAAGUGA